UCUCAACACACGUGUCAAGAGUAUAGUGUAUAUUGAUGUACGGAAAUCAAACUCUUACGUCUUCUUAAGAUAAAGAUAAGUUCAUGUUGUGCCAUUAAUUUCUGAGAGUGAGGUUCAGUCUCAGAUCUGAGCAGCUGGCCUGCAAUGGGGGAGAAGAAAGUUACGACAAUGGUGCUGACGGUUAAUCUUCAGUGUGAGAAGUGCUACAGGAAAGUGAAGAAAGUGCUGUGUAGUUUCCCUCAAAUACAAGACCAGGUGUAUGACGAGAAGCAGAAGACAGUGACGAUCAAAGUGGUGUGUUGCAGUCCUGAGAAGAUCAAGCAAAAGAUAUGCUGCAAAGGUGGUGAAUCCAUCGAGAAUAUUAAAAUUGUACCUCCAGCCAAGCCCAAGCCAAAAGUUGUCAUUAAAGACCCACCGAAGCCACAACCAGCCAAGGCGACUGAAGCAGCGCCACCAACCCCCAAGGCUCUUGUUGUAGCACCAAUCCCCCAGGCUCCCGUACCGGCACCGGGUCACCCGUUUGGCAUGUACUGCAAUGAGUAUCAUGGGGGGCCAUUUCAACGGCUGGGUUAUGAAAGACUUGUGAGUUAUGAUGGUUAUUGUGGACGGCCAGUUUAUGACAGUUGGGGCGGCAGUGGUGGUGGCUGGAGUCGUGGGGAUUACUUCUCUGAAGAAAAUCCUUCAACCUGCUCAAUUAUGUAAUUGAAUUAAUGGUAAUUGAUGCAUUAAUUGUUAUCAGUAUCAAGUGUGUUUGCCUCUUGAGUUUAUUAAAUGUCAAGUUUUUGAUUUUGCAUUGUAUUAUGAAAUUAAAAUUCAGAAAAGCUAGUACAAAAAACUGCUACUGGAUGUUGAACAAGAAUGAAUGAUGGAACAAGAGUGCAUUAUUAAUGGAA